AACAGCUACCAAUAAGCUCUCAUACGAAGCACACGUUCUUCUCGGUAGAAAUAUUUAUUUAUAUUUCACAAAGUUUUUUAAAAUAGGACGCAGUUAUAUUUGAAAUAGGAGUCAUUAAAUAAACAUCGUCGUUGACGGUGAUAGAGAUGGACAUGUACCAAGCUUUGACGUCGUCGCACGACCACAAUCCCAGCUUUCGUGAAAGUUAUCCAGAUUAUUGUCAACGAAUAAAAAUCCAAGAUGCUAACGGCGUGGUCAAGGAGCUGGUCUUCCCCAAAGCGCUGGACCUGGAUCGUCCCAAGCGCACGCGCACCACGUUCUCCACGGACCAGCUGGGUCAGCUGGAGACGGAGUUCCAGAGGAACCAGUAUCUGGUGGGCAAGGAGAGGACGGAGCUGUCGGCGCGCCUGCAGCUAUCGGAAACACAGGUCAAAGUUUGGUUCCAGAAUCGUCGAACGAAGUACAAACGCGACAAGGAACGGGAAGCGGAAGUGGUGGACUCCAACGCAGAAUCAGUGGCCACUCAAAACAUUCUUCGAAUCUUACAGUCGAGAGACAUGCCCAGAACUCCCGCACCGAGACGAGAACACAAGACACCGCUAGUACACCCACCCGUUCUUCCGUCCAUCCACUAUAACCCAUACGUGUCAUACGGGCUUCCAGGAUUUCCUCCAGAGUCAUUUCCCCUUGGAUAUAAUGAUUUCUAUAGAUCAGCGCAGUCAUCUACAGGAUAGCAACUGGCGGAUCCAACAAAUCCAUUUGGGGGAGGGGCAGUGACAUGUGGCAGAAGGCCACAAACGUUACCGAGGGGAUUAAUUGAAUUCUCCAACGAAAAAAAAAGAAAAAAGAAAAAAAUAGAACUGUCGCAAAAUGUAGGCCAUGGGGAUGGCCCCUCUUAGAUCCGCCACUGAAUAGUGAUAAAAAGUGUUUAUAACCAUCACCACCACCACCCCACCUGCAUCCCUCCUAAUAAAAGAAGGGGAAAGAACCAUGUUAGAUAGUGACGAUAUAGCGUGUGAACCGAAACGUAUUUAAGUAGAACUCUCUUGAUUUAGGAGACGAAAUCCUGACUGUACAAUGAGGACUUGUGUACGUGAUUGCUUGUGUCAUUAUUAAUUAUUUGUUACCAAUAAAGCUAUCAAAUAUC